UCCUUCCAGACCACACUGCCAAUCUUCCACAGUCCACACGCGGGUUAGUCACAGAGCAGCAGCGGGAAGGGGAGGACGCACGCAUCUCUUCCUCCACUACCAAAGACAAGCCGUGCACACAACAAGCAUGAAUCAGUUAGCGGUGUUCCUCCUCCUCGCUGUGGCGAGCACAAUGGUGGACGGGGACAUGAUGAGGAAAUCCAUCGUGUUCGACAAGGCGACUCCAGAUGUGUUUUAUUGCCCCGUUGAUAAGCCCACGUCCUUUGAGAAGAUGCUGGUCCACUCCAGGCCACUUGCCAAGCUGUGUGAAUUCGACGGCAACGGGCUUCCCGGGGACUACAAGAGUGACUGCUACAACGACGUGGACGAGAGCGAGUACGCCUGCAAGGAGAAGAAGAGGAUCAUGAUACGCCAGGAGACCGAGGAGGUGGAGAGGGAGAUGCUGCAGGCGACUACAAGGGCUGCUAACAACAAGGUGUAGGGCUCACUAACUUCCCCCGGACCCCGCCAACCCACCGGACACAGAUGCGCCUCCACCCCCCCGGCAGCGAGAAGCUUGAGAUGAUACGCCGUCGCCGACUCAUGCGUCUGCAAGCCAUCGGCAGCGGCUGAAAUCGGGAUGCUGAUCGACGUGUGUGUGUAUGUUGUGUGUGUGUGUGUGUGUGUGUGUGUGUGUGUGUGUGUGUGUGUGUGUGUGUAAUAAAAGUUGUAUCAUAUAUAAAGUUAAUAUAUAUAUACAUAUAUUCGCAUACUCGUACUAUAUAUAUUUAUGUAUAUGCAUCGUACAAUGUAUCAUCACACAUCAAGACCAACAUGACAUGAAGCGAAAGAAACAGACGCAGCUGCAAUACAGCAAACAUCGCUACGCCGCGUGCUUGCAGCCAUCAACACCACCAUCAGCCGACAAGACUCAAUGCCAAGACCAGCAACACUACAGCCACAGCCCGGGACAGGAGGCCAUCAAUCAGUCCGGUGCGCGGGGUUGGGAGGGACAGCCCGCCUCGCAAGAUGACUUACGAACUGCCACUCUCGAUCCUCCAGGACCCACUUCCCCCAAGGCUAACACAGUAACAAGCCAGCCAUGCGCCCCCCAUCUGACCAGUGGGUGACGCAGCGCCGCCAGCCAGCCUGCCGCUCACACUCCUCCGAGGGAUUAUUCGUCUUCACAGCACCACCACACUAACACACUAAUUUAUCUGUAUGUACAUAACGCAGCAUCUCCACGGCUGUGUGGAUGACCGAGGAGCAGCGGGGUGUGCGUGCUGUGGUUGGUGGAGGAGGACGUGAUGGGCCGCCACUCGUCAGUCCUGGUCAGAUGGUGAAGCAGUUUGCGAGGCUCAGAGUGACAGUGCCUGGGCCCACGCGACCACCUCUUGUGUCCGCCCAGCUCCAUCCACCCCCCAGCCCCCAGCCCCCUCCCCAAGUCUCCGCCAGACCUCAUGGCUGCCGGCCCCCUCAUUCCUCACCCCAAUCCCACCCUUCCCCACCCCGACCCUGGCGCUGUGAACAAGUAAAGGGUAACAAGGACAACAAACACAAAGAAGCUUCAAGGGCCGCUGGUUUUAUGCUUCCUGUUCCCAAAAUAAAAUGUGUGCUUAUUAAA